AUAACUGUAAACUUGUAUCUCACACACCUCACUAUGUUUGUAAACUCUUUGUUUCCCAGUUGAGACUGUUGGUUGAGACCGAAUAUAUUACGUAAUAGUACACGAAAAUAUAUAGGCAACUCGUGAUUUAAAUUCAUCAUUUCCGAGUCAGCAUUUCUGCUUUGGGACAAACUCAUAUUCGUCCAGAGUUGAGUCCUAACCUAAAAGUAUUGUAAACCCAAUUGCUGAUGUAACUCUAAAUUCUAUUUAAAUAAUUCUCAAUUUCUGACUACAAAAAAUGACGAACAGCGAAAAUAAAGGGGAAAACAAAAAUGCUUCGACGGACAAUAGUGCAAAAAGUGAAAAUGCAUCAUCGGCAGAACCAAAAUUUCCACCGGGUGAAGAGAAAUGGGGUUACGAUCUUUAUCCGGAAAGGCGCGGUGAAAGACAUCGAACGAAUUGGGUCCGCGCGUUUUUCAUGCUCGAAGGACGCGAUGCCAUGCAAAAAGUACGAUGCGAAAAAAAUGUUUACGAAUGUGUAAGGUCCAGUACACACAUUUGUUUUUAUUUUACAGGUCCAUUGGUUAAACUUAUGAUGGGAGCUCUUAAAAGCUCAGGAUGUGAAAUAAACAUAAGACGUCACAUAGUCUGCGAAUUCUGCUCUGAAUCUGUAAGUGGAGGAUACGAUCCUGAACUGAAUCAGAUAGUCGUAUGCCAAAAUACGUCAAAGUCAAAGGGGAUAGUUCAAGGCGUUUUGACACACGAGAUGAUUCACAUGUUUGAUUUUUGUCGAUACAAUUUGGACUUCAAAAAUAUUGACCACUUGGCAUGUACGGAAAUACGAGCAGCGAAUCUGACUCAUUGCAGUUUUCUCAGCGCUGUAACUCGAGGGGAUGCAGCUUUUUGGAACAUCAAAGGAAGACAGCAGGAAUGUGUGAAAAACAAAGCUGUGCACUCGGUAAUGUCAGUGAGAAAUAUAACGUACGAACAAGCUCGAGAAGCAGUAGAUCGAACCUUUCCAAAGUGUUAUCCGGAUAUGGAGCCAAUUGGUCGACGUUUACGACCUCGAUCAACCGAUGUUUACAAAGCUUAUUACGAAGCUCCACUUUAUGGUUACGACUAUUAAGCACUCAUCCAAUGUAGCUCAAAGAUAAAGUCACAACAAUUGUUUCAACAAUCUA